UGUGUGUUGCUGGCCCUGCCUGCCUGCCUGCCAGAGAGGGGAGUCGAGAGCUCUGCUGGGAACUACAUGGUGCUCAAUUUUUCAAGAUGUCGUCGCUGGAACAGAGGCUGUCGCGAAUCGAGGAGAAACUAAAGCAGGAAAACGAAGAAGCCCGCCGGAGAAUCGACCUCAACAUCGACAUGAGUCCGCAGCGAUCACGUCCCAGGCCGAUCAUCGUGAUCCAGCUCAGUCCUGCUCCAGCCCCUUCCCAGCGUGCAGCGCUCCAGUUGCCACUGGCCAACGAUGGAGGCAGCCGUUCGUCGUCUUCAGAGAGCUCGCCUCAGCACCACCCCUACCCCAGCCGCCCGCGACACAUGCUCACCCUGCCCACACCUCCCUAUGGCCUACAGAAGAGUCUAGAGAAUGCAGAGAUUGACCAGAAACUUCAAGAGAUCAUGAAACAGACGGGUUAUCUGAAGAUCGACGGUCAGCGGUAUCCAGCGGAGGUGACAGACCUGAUCAGCGAGGGGGAGAUCGGCAGCGGGACCUGUGGACAGGUCUUCAAAGUGCGAUUCAAGAAGACGGGCCAUGUCAUCGCUGUCAAGCAAAUGCGUCGUACAGGAAACAAGGAUGAGAACAAGAGGAUUCUGAUGGACCUGGACGUGGUGCUGAAAAGUCACGACUGCCCUUACAUCAUCCAGUGCUACGGCGCUAUAGUUACCAACACGGAUGUAUUCAUUGCCAUGGAACUGAUGGGAACAUGUGCGGAGAAGUUGAAGAAGAGAAUCCAGGGCCCCAUCCCAGAGCGAAUCCUAGGAAAGAUGACCGUGGCAAUAGUGAAAGCAUUGCAGUACCUAAAAGAGAAACAUGGUGUCAUCCACCGGGACGUCAAACCCUCCAACAUCCUCCUGGACGCUAAAGGUCAGAUCAAACUGUGUGAUUUCGGCAUCAGCGGACGCCUCGUCGACUCCAAGGCCAAGACCCGCAGUGCCGGCUGUGCUGCCUACAUGGCACCUGAGAGAAUAGACCCUCCAGAUCCCACCAAACCUGACUAUGACAUCCGAGCAGAUGUGUGGAGCCUCGGCAUCUCUCUGGUGGAGCUGGCCACGGGACAGUUUCCCUACAAGAACUGCAAGACAGACUUUGAGGUUCUGACCAAAGUGCUGCAGGAAGAUCCUCCUCUGCUGCCUCUCAGCAUGGGCUUCUCCCUUGACUUCCAGUCCUUUGUCAAAGACUGCCUCACAAAGGAUCACAGAAAAAGGCCAAAAUACCACCAGCUGCUGGAGCAUAAUUUCAUCCGGCGUUACGAGGUGCUGGAGGUGGACGUGGCCGGUUGGUUUCAGACAGUGAUGGAUCGCACCGAGUCGCCUCGCAGCAGCCAGUGUUACAGCCAUCAGCACCAGCUCCACUCGCUCUUCAGUAGGUAGCCUAGCCUAGCCCAGCCCGGCGUUAGCUUAGCCAUGCGCUAGUCUAGCCUAGCUUUAGCUUUGCCAAGCCCAGACUCAGUCUGUCCUAGUCUAGCCCAGCGUCAGCAGCUAAGCCUAGCGUUAGACCCAGCCCACCUGUCCAUCUGUCCACCGGAGAACCUGACGAGGUGGAGGAAGAGAAGGAGACUCGAUGGAGGACUCUGGAUGGACAGAUGGAGUGAUGGACGGAGAGAUGGGACUGAUGGAUGGGUAGACGCUGCAGGUGGUUCUCUUUAGGUUUGUGUCAAAUCUGGACAGGCAGACACGGGGAAGGAGGGGGCUGAGAAAAGGGUUCACACUGUAGUUAGCUUCUUUCAUUUACACACUGUUACAUCACGUUACACUAUCAUAUCACGUCACAUCACAGUGUGUGUUAACAGACACACACACUUCAGUACAAACUGUGUGUGUGUAUGUGUGUGUGUGUGUCAUAUGUGUUUCUACUAUUUCCUCCACCCUUCAUUAGUUUUUCACCUACAUGUCUGUCUCCAGCAUUGAUCCAAGCCGUUUGGAUUAGUCAACAGAGUAGUCACUACACACUGGAACAAAGCAUCUGCUAUGUUAGCAAUCAUGAAUCGCUCUUGUACAUAAACGUUAUGGUGGACACAGCAAUGUCCGGUGCAAUUAUGAUUCUUCAGGUGUUUCUACUAUCACACAUUCUCAGGCUGUAGCUAUGUGUGUGUAUGUGAGUGUGUGUGAGUGAGUGAGCAUUCCUGUGUUUGUGUGUGUGCGUGUAUGAAUAAAUAUCAAGACACAGUCACUGGUUGUUUUUAUAAGUGAGAUUAUAUUUCCUAGUCAUUUAUUCACCUUCACACUACAGCUCUAACACACAAACAAGAACAAAUUAAUCUGUUGGCUUAUUUUUAACAUGUAAAAAUAGUAAUUCUCAUUAACAUUGCUAUGAAAUGUGUUUAGAAUAUCCAUCGUUGUAUUUUGCAGCUGCACAAUUGGAAAAAAUACAAAAAAAUUAGUUUUGCGUUCUAGCUUUGUAGAGGAGUCGUUUAUGGGUUUGUUUUUGUGUAUUCAGGAUAGAGUUAGAAGAGCGUUAAAAGACAAGGAGGGAUACUAAGAGGAGUAAGAGAAGAGGAGUCUCCGACUCUUUCUUGAAGUGUGGGGAAAAAAAGCAAGAGAAAGUAGAAGGUGGGAGCCGUGCGCUCGUUGGUGACCAUUUGUAAGACUGAAUAACUGUUACCAGUGUGAGGAAGGAGAGAGGUGAAAAUGGGAGCAGAGUGCUUCAUCAUUAAGAGGGCUAAAGAACAGAAGCUUAUCUUGUACAAAGAAUAUAAACGGAGUAGAUUUUAUUACCUGUGGAGCAUUUCUUUACUUCACUCUCUGUUUGUCUACCUCUUCCUCUUUGUCCACCUCUCCGUCUGCCUCUGCUGUUUAGUGUGAUGUAGUAGCUCCAUUGUGUUUCCAGACCAAAGGCUGCGUGUAGGAUGUUGCUGGUGGAGGCCAAGAGAUUUAGACCUGCUCCUGUGAAAUUUCAGAACCACACUCUUUGGUGUUUUUCGAACCUAGCGCAGGGGUUUCAAAUAAAGAGGCCCGCAUUAAGAAUUGAUUGUUAAACGACACCCACACAUCAGUUGUUUUGUUUUAUUCUAUCCCUGUUUUUUUGGUGUGUGUCUGUCAGUCUUUUGAGGCUGAUUUUAAAGUAGGUUUUUCCUCUCAUUUCAGUCCAGAACUUUGUGAUACUCCGUUAAUAGAAAAGCAGAAAACCUUCAUGUUGGACCUGAUGUGAUUUUUUUGCAUUUUUGCUUGAAAAACUUUUGAAACAAUUAAUCAUCUAUGAAAAUCUAUCUGUGUAUUGAUGAUUGAAGUAAUGGUACCUUCCUACUAUGAGCUUCAGACUUAGCAUAGCGUACCUGACACUAGCUCAGACAGUUUUCAGAGACUUGGGAAAAUUGAUUAAGUUUUUGUGGAGUUUAAUGUGACUUGUUUCUUGUCUCUCAAGGACAAAGCUGUUACCCUCCUUCAAUACAGUCUGAAGCAGCAUCACUCCACUUCACAUGUAGAGCAGUAUCAUAUUUAUGAGAGAGAGGGGAGAGAAAGACACCCCCAGGUAAUUUGACUUUGAGACCCCUGACCUAGAGGAUUGUUAAGGUGAAAGUGAGUGUGUGUGUGUGUGUGUAACAGCUGAACUGGUCAGUGUGUUUAAAAACUGCAGCGUAUAGAUGUACUUCAUGAGCGCAGGUCUGCAGAGACUGACCGACUAGAGUCCUACUGCCUCCCCUAUUACAGGGCCACCGCCAAAGCCUGCUAGAUGUGCAGACUCAAAACCUCCUACGCCCCGUUACGCACCAAACCAAAUCACUGCUAGACACAGAGACCUGAGGUGUGGCAUCGAUCGAGACAAGAAACCGUAAAGUGUCGGGAGAGUGAGCGAGAGAUCCAGGGAUGUUGUCAGGAAGGCAGAAUAGAUGAGUGGAGAUGAAACGACAGGAAAAAGGGAGGAGAGGAUGGAGUGAGGUGAGAAGGAAGACAGGGAGCAUUAAGAAAGUGGGAUGGGAAGUUAAAGAAAAGUCAGAGACAAACUGGAGUUGGAUGACAGGAAGUAAGAGUUUGAAAAAGGAGAGAAGAAAUGGAGGGAGAACAUCAGUCCAAGUUUCACGGGGCUGCCGAGCUCUGAGGCUAGCUAGUUAUUGUAAAAAGCUUUCAUGGUGUUACACCAACCUACCAAUUAUGAUUUUAGCGAGUGAGUUAGCGUGUUGUGUUUAUGAUGUUGAUGUUCUGUUCAAACUAUGUUAUUUAUUACAUUGCUACUGCUGCUACUUUUUAUUGCUUUAGACGCUGCUGUCACUUCUUUUCCCCAAAGGACAAAUACUUUAUUCUUUUUCUUUUAAGCCAAAUAAAUGAAAUAAUGCAAUGUCUACACAUGUUACCAAAUACUGAGGAGCAAGUGUGAAGAGGGCAAAAGCAAGUGAGAUGGAUUAGAAGAGAAAGUGCAGGGAGGUUGGCUUCACAAAAAGUACUAACUCACACAAAAUGUAAACACACACCUCACCUCAAAUGUAGCUCUAUGUGUAAUGGAAGUAGUUAAUCAUUUAUAUCCCAUCGUCACACUACAACUCUGUACAGUGUAGAUAUGAUUAGCGGGGAUGUCUGUCUGUCCAGAUGCUUUUUGUCACAUCCAUCCUUUACUCUGUCCAUCCAUCCCUCCGUUUGUCCACAGGUCGCCUGCAAGCUUGACAACCUUGACAGUUCACACCAAAGGUGUCCACAACUUAAACAAAAAUACAAGAGCGUUGUUGUUAUUGUUAUGACUAUUGUUAUUGACAUUAUAAUUGAUUACUCUCAGCUAUGAUAUAUAUGAAAUCUCUCUAUAGCUAGUGGGAGAGGGUGGGGGGGGCGCUGUAGUAUAGCAGUGCCGUGUUUGUGUCAUAUACUGUACAGGGGGAGACUGGUGCAUUAACAUACGACAAGGGCCAAGCAAUAAAAACCAGCUGGCUCCUCUUUCUGCUCAGUGAAUCAAACUGACCACAGGCCUGUGUCAAGAAGUGAAGUUCAUAUUAGUCUAGGUCUCUCUCUGGGGCUGCCUGGCUUCACCGAGCCGCUGAACAUCCUGGGAAUCUGGUAUCGCACAGCUGGUUACCAGCUGGCUCCGUUAACUCUGGCUUUACUAACACAGCUAAUUCAGAAAGAGGCAGAGUGCUUAAUUACAAACUAAUUGAAUGUUACAGAAGCAGCAAAAAAAAAGUGGUAUAAAAUAUCAUCACACAACCAGAAGAGUUUAAUUAGAUUAGUUUUCAUAAUUGUGUAGGUCUUUGUAGACGCUAAGUCUCUAAAAAACAAUGGAUUUCCCAUAAAUACAACCCUGAUGGUUGAGGAGUACUAGUCCUGCUAAGUAAACUGAAUUUUGUUACAAUGGAGUGCCCCUUUAAAUACAGUUGGUAUUGUGGGUUAAGAGUGUUAAAGAUAAUUACUGUCAGGCCAUUCAUUAGGCUGUUAGUGUGUUAGUGUAUAACCUCUUUAUUUUAUUAAGUCUGUGCUCCCAGCCACAUCAGAAUGAUUGCGCCAUGUUUCCUGAGAUCUGAUUGGUCUGUCUGUCCAGUAGAUUGCUCUCUAGGUUACCAUGGUGAUCUACCCUGGUUAUAAGUAAGCCAGCAUUGUGACACCAGAAAAAAAUCUGCCCCAAAGAUAGUCCAUGUCACUUCAUGAUACAGGCCCCUGAGCAGAUGAGAUGGAGAGUUGGCACUAGCUCCGUUAGCUCAGCCUUUGUCUGGUUUUUAAUCUUGAGACCAGGACGUGACCUGGACCUGAUGUAAAGCCAUGGUUUACCUUCAGCAAAAGAACAGGGUUGUCCUGCUUUUGUAAACUCUCCAAAAAUUAGCUAGGAUUGAGGGCUGAUCAUGAUCCGACCACUUAGCCUCCCUGCUCAAACUGUUGUAUAUAAACCUGGAUCUGGUGCUCAGCAUCCUUCAGGCUGGACCUGCGGUGCCAGCGCAGCCUGAGGUGUUCUCAUUGGUGCAGUUUCAAAUGUAAAUCACAGUAGGAGACGGUGCAACCCACUCUCACUACAACUGUUCACUGUUCAAACUCUUGUUUCUGUGUUAACUUGCGUCCAAACGCAAAGCUGGACCCAGUCUCCCACUGUCGAGGUUUCUCUGUUAUAAAGCUGAUGUUGUAUUUUACAAAACACGCGCACACACUCGCUCAUCCGUUGCUGUUAGCGCGCACUUUACAUCCAAAAAAACACACAGACUGGGUGACGGUGCCACGCGACACCUCUGUGAAACCAAUCAGUCAAGUCAGGCCAGGUGUGCAUCUGACUGUGUGAGUAGGUAUGUGUGUGUGAGGAAAUAACAUGUCUGACACACACAUUCACGCUAAUGUAUAAAGUUACCCAUUCAACACAGCAAUGCUGGCUACUGCCAAUAGUGGCUUUAUGUGUAUAUUAGCUUGCCGGGUGCGAGGCCAGCCGUGUAUAAAGACACCUAGUUCACAGCGUGUACCUGCGCUGUGCCUUGGCACCGAGCAAGAGCGCGUGUGUGCGUGGUGUGUUGUGUGCGCGCACGCACGUUUGUGUGUGUGUGUGUCUCGUCGCCCCCCAUCUGUAAGUAAACCAAAUAUCAUUUUCACUAUGCAGUCAUUCAAACCAUGUCAGCUUGCUUCGAUGGGGAAAAAAAAGCCUCCUGUACAUACACAGAUUUACGGAUAAACUGGAGUUAGCGACAGUGUGUUUUACUUUUCCUCCCUCUCCCUCCCCUUUCCUCCCCCCUGCAGCUAGUUCACAGAGAAAAAGAGAGAGAGCAAGAGAUAUGUUUUGAAUGAGCUGACAAAUAUUUAAGGAUUGUAUUGGGGUCGGGGAGGGAUGCGGGUUAGACUUGGGGGUUUGUAGUGUGUGGGGGAGAUACAGAUCAAUGCUGUAAAGUAUAUCAAUUGCAUGUUAUUGUCACCGCUGUAACUGCCAUUGUUUUGUUUUGUUGUUUGAUUUUGUUUUUUUGUUUUUUUCCAAGACAACGGUCGGUUGGGGCGGGGAUGCACAAAACUUUAUCCUUAUUUAUGAUUUUUACACAUAUAGUCUGUAUUUUUGUUUUUUGCGAAAAUGUUGAAUUUAUUGUGUUUUUAGGAAAAGACACAGUUUUUUGCCUUUUUUUUUUUUUAAAGUUCUGUCGACUUUGCAAUAUAUGUUUUCACGUUGGACCCGUAACUAGUUGUUGAGGAGGAGGAGGAAGAGCUGUAUCUUUAUUAGCAGACGGUGUUUGUUAGACAAAUGUCCUGUUUCCCCUCAUUCAUGUGCCGUGUAUCUUUCUUUUCAAUUAGCUGUGUGAGCGAGCGGAGAGAGUGUGUGUGAUGUUUAUUCGUCUACCAAAAGUCUUUAUUGAUGGUGAUCAUUAUUAUUAUUAGCUUUUAUUUUUGUCCAUUGUUUUUUAUUAUUAUGAUUACUAUGAUUACUGUUUUUAUUAUUAUUAUUAUUUUUGUUGUUGUUAUUAUUAUUAUUAUUAUUCAGGGCAAAGAUGACACCAAAUUGAACAAAGAAAUAAAUGGGUGAUCCCAGACAGACAGUGCUGAGAGCGUCUUUCUAAAGUUUUCUUUUUCUGGCGAGGUGGAGCAACAGUUUUUCUCACUGUAACGCUGUAGUGUCUGUCCACCUUAUUUAAACUGCCACAUAAAGAUAACCUCUGAACUGAAAGUCUAAUAGUAUUUUAUUAUUAUUAUUAUUAUUAUUAUUAUUAUUACAUAUUGUUUUCCUUUGAUCAGAUAUCAUGAUCAAUUUAUUUCUUGUUACCCCAGUUUGGGUCAUAAAUUGUGUGCUGUUAUUUUAUUCUUUUCCCCCUCUUUCUUCAUCCCUGCCCACUGCUUUUGGAUUUUAUUUUUUAUUUUAUUUUCUGGUUAUUCUUUUUUAUUCUUUCUGGUUUGUCUGAUGCUGUAGUAUUGAGCUGAUUGGUCUAAUUACCAGAGCUUUUUUUUUUUUUUCAAUCUUUUAUUUCCCCUAAUGCUGAGACUGUUGUGACUGAUGUUGCACUUGUGAUGGGUUUUAUUUUGUUUUUGUUUUGUUGUUGCAGAUUUGGGAUUGUUGUGCAGAGAGGAGAAUAUUGGGUGUUUUCCUUAUUUUCUUAAAGUCACAGCAGUUAUUUUAUCAAUCAUAUAGAUCUGUGACACAGAGCAAGAAAAUGAUUCAACAGUGUAUUUUUUUCACUGAUAUUUAUUUAUUGGUCAUUUGUAUGUUGUUGUUUUUUUUUUUGGUUUGUUUUUUAUGUGUAUUGCUUUUUUUGUGGAGGGCAAACAGGACUCAAGGUAGAGGAGUAGUCUGUCAUUGGCAUUUUACCAUUGUGUACAGAAAGCAAAAUGUAAUCAGUCAUCACACUAACAUACAGUUUAUAAAGUAACAGAGUAACAGGUUAAAAUAGAAACCUACAGUGCAGUAAAGUGAACUGCUUCAGGCUUUACUGUGACUGUCAGACUCACUGACAUCCAUUAUUACCCUCUCAGACGGCCCUGACAAAAACAAACUGUUCAUGGUUUAAAGCCACAGCAUGGUGUAUUUGAACUCUAGUGCUUUGCUAUGAACUCACAGUUAAAGCUUGUACUGUUUGAAUCUCGGAUGGUUUUUAAUCAGUAAAGCACUGAGCGCUGGCUACAAAGCAAACUAGAUUUGUUUUUGUUUUUUCUGUUUAAGUUUUUAUGUAUUUGAGCUGAUGAUAACUACUAUGAUAGUGGACUGAUUGGCUUGUUAUUAACCUGCACUCCCUGUUAGUCGAGGUGGGACACACCUGCUUUGAAAUAUCAUUGAGGUUUGACGCUUGGUUUUUUUUCUAAACGCAGUUCUCAGUCUAGAUUGCAUGAGUUUGCUAGUUCUGCAGGGUUGGGGGGAGGAUUGACUUCAGUCACCGCUGUUGCAGUUCAAAGGCUUCUUGUAUGUACGACACCACGGAUAUAUUGUCUUGACAGUUGUAUCAAUUGACACAGCUUUACUGCCUGUUUCUUUAAUUUUGUUUGUUUGUUUUUGUUUGUUUGUUUUGUUUUUGGCUGUAUUUUAUUCCCCCCCCCCCCCCCCAGUCUCAUUUCAAACAGAAUAAAUGCCAUUAUAUUGUGAAUACCUCAGGAUUUUUUUGGAGAAAAAAAAAUAAUAAAACACUUAAAAAUCAAAUAAAUAAAUAAAUAAAAACUCAUGAAAAGUU